GCGGCAGUGCGCAGCGAGCGGCGCGCCAUGCCGCUACGACAUGAGUCCGCCGAGCUUCGCGAUCCGAGACCUGCUGCCCGAGGCCUCCUCCCGCUCGCCCUCGCCCUCCGACACGGAGCUAGACGUGACCGGGCCCGUCAGCCCUCCGCCCGGCUCCUCCGCGCCCGCUCGCUCCGGCGAGAAGCCUGCCUACAGCUACAACGCUCUCAUUAUGAUGGCCAUCCGCUCCAGCCCCGAGAAGCGGCUCACCCUCAACGGAAUAUACGAGUACAUCAUGACCAACUUCCCCUACUACAAGGAGAACAAGCAGGGCUGGCAGAACUCCAUCCGGCACAACCUCAGCCUCAACAAGUGCUUCGUGAAGGUACCGCGGCACUACGACGACCCGGGCAAGGGCAAUUACUGGAUGUUAGACCCGUCGUCCGAUGACGUGUUCAUAGGCGGCUCCACGGGCAAACUCCGGCGGCGCUCUACGGCAGCGUCCCGGUCGCGGCUGGCAGCUUUUAAGCGCGGCGCCCUGUUGCACCCGAUGUUUGGCAACCCGUACGCGUCCCUGGUGGGGUUGUACCCGCCGCUCCUGUCGGUAUACGGCCGGUACGCCCUGCCCGCUCCAUUGCUGAGGCUGCCAUCUCCCCCCAACCCCUACCACCAGCUGUAUCGAAGGCUCCACGGCCUGUCGCCCUCCUCGAGUCCUCCGGACGACCCCGACCGGCACAUGUUGAAUCACACUUGAUCAGGUUUAUUUUCGUGAGAUAUUGGAGCGAUAUCUUGCAGAAGAAAACUGUGACUUCGAGUGUUGAGUGAGCGUGAAAUGGAAACAAAACGAUAUGUGUAAUAUACGAAUAAUGACUGGAAGCUGUACAAAGUGCUUUUGAUAUUUAUUUAUUAAUAUUAAUAGUUACAUGUAGAUAGUUAUAAGAGGCUGAUAUAAGUUAUUGAACGCAACAGAGAAUGUCCAUUGUUACAUUAUAUUUAUAAUUGGGUCGCUACACUCGUUGUAUAGCACUCCCGAGAAAUGUGUAUAAUAAACACUACUUCAACCAA